CAAAUCUCCUCCACAGCAAUAAAACCGCCUUUAUCAUUGGAGGCGGAAGAACGGACAGCUGCCCCCGAUUUGGAGGAUCGUGAAACGCCCCUGACUCCCUCUCUCUCUCUCCCUCCUUCUCUUUCCUACCAUGGCGCUAACCACGCCCAGUGCGCACGUUAUCAACCUACGCUCCACAGUCAGCACCCCAACAAGUAAUAGAAUCCACUGCAGAAUCCUCCCAUCUCACCCCAUUUACCAUUUUAACCCUCUAACCCUCUCCCCCUCCCUCUCUUUCUCUCUCCCAAUGUCUUCUCCUUCUAAGGGCAUUCCCGUCAUUAAGAGCUCACUCAUCGACCCCGACGGAGGAUCCCUCGUUGAUCUCGUCGUGCCGGAGAAGGACCGAGCUUCAAAGAGGGCGGAGGCAGUGUCGAUGCCUAAGGUGAGGCUCGGAAAGAUCGAUCUUGAGUGGGUCCACGUGAUCAGCGAGGGGUGGGCCAGCCCGCUACGGGGGUUCAUGAGGGAGGAGGAGUACUUGCAGAGCUUGCAUUUCAAUUCCCUGAGGCUGGCGGACGGGACCGUCGUCAACAUGUCGCUUCCAAUCGUGCUGGCUAUCGAUGAUCGGGAUAAGGAGGCGAUUGGCACGUCGUCAGACGUGGCGUUGGUCAGCCCGCAGGAUGUUCUCAUCGGUAUUCUCCGGAGUGUUCAAAUAUAUAAGCAUAACAAGGAAGAAAGAAUCGCCAGAACAUGGGGAACGACUGCGCCGGGGUUACCUUAUGUUGAAGAGGCAAUUAGUCCUGCUGGAAAUUGGCUUAUCGGUGGGGACCUUGAAGUGUUGGAACCCAUCAAAUAUAACGAUGGUCUCGAUCAUUACCGGCUCUCUCCACAGGAACUCCGCAAAGAGUUUGACAAGCGUGAAGCAGAUGCAGUGUUUGCUUUUCAGCUGAGGAACCCUGUUCAUAAUGGGCAUGCGUUGUUAAUGAACGACACACGCAAACGUCUUUUGGAUAUGGGUUACAGGAAUCCUAUACUUUUGCUUCACCCAUUAGGCGGUUUUACGAAGGCAGAUGAUGUGCCUUUGGAUGUACGGAUGGAACAACAUAGCAAGGUUCUAGGAGAUGGAGUUCUUGACCCUGAGACUACUAUCGUGGCUAUAUUUCCAUCACCCAUGCAUUAUGCUGGACCAACUGAAGUACAGUGGCAUGCAAAGGCCCGGAUAAAUGCUGGUGCUAAUUUCUAUAUUGUGGGCCGUGAUCCUGCUGGUAUGGGUCAUCCCACAGAGAAGAGGGACUUGUAUGAUCCAGAUCAUGGGAAAAGGGUUUUGAGCAUGGCUCCUGGCUUAGAAAAGCUGAACAUUUUACCAUUCAGGGUAGCGGCAUAUGACACAGUAGAAAAGAAGAUGGCCUUUUUUGAUCCUUCGCGUGCUAAAGAUUUUCUCUUCAUCUCCGGCACCAAGAUGCGGACAUUUGCAAGAAAUGGGGAGAACCCUCCUGAUGGUUUUAUGUGCCCUGGGGGGUGGAAAGUUCUUGUGAACUAUUACAAGAGCUUGCAAGCUGAAGAGUCGAGUCAGCCCUCAGCCGUUUUGUCCUCUUAAGUAGAACAUCCUGUGGCAACCACAGCUUAAGAAGCAGUUCCGUGACCAAAGAAGUGCAAGAUAUUUUUCUUUUGGGGUAUGGAGCACCUAGAAGAAUCUGGUAAAUUUCGACAAGUGCGCAUUAUUCUCUCUCUCUCUCUCUCUUUAUUUUUAUUUUAUUUUAUUUUAAUUUUAAUUAUUGCGGAUUUUGGUGCUAAUUCAUGGCUAUAUGAUUAAUUGCUGAAGCAUUGUGUCAAAGAGGUAAUAAAGACAGCGUGUUGUAGCGAUAAACAAAUAGGAAUCAAUUAGAGUGGCAGUUGCAUUUUCCUUUGAUAUUUAUGAGAAAUUCUCUUCGAGUUUUCUUGUCAUUAUUUGGGAAGCUCUGUUGGGAUCCAUUCUUACUAUCAACUCAAAA